GCCAUGUUACUUAAUUAAUAGUAUAUUGAUAUAGUAUGCAUUGAUAGGCCAUGUAUUGGAUACUCUGUGUUGCUACAUGUAAUUAAAGUUAGUUAAUACUAUUGUUCUGUUCUGUACUAUUCUUUCUAAUAGCUUGAAGCAGUUUUCAUUGCUGACAGUGAUUUAAUUAAUGUAUGGUUCAAUUAUGACCGUCACAAUGUUACCGCUUGUAGAUCAGUAUCUGGAAGUUAAUUAAAGAUUGCAAUCAUUAGUUGACCAUUUCAUUGUCAUAAAAUAUUUAUUUUUGUACACGUACUGAUUAAUAUACGAUAUCUAAUUUGUUAACAUUUUAAACAAACAAUUCUGGAAACAAAACAAAUUAAGGGGAACACUUAUUGCGUGGAAACUUUUAGAUUAUAAUAAUUUCAUAGAUGUGGAGAACUGUAACCAGACAUUUAAGGAUUUAAACAACGCUGAUGAUGAGAGUUCCCUGCAAGGUGCUAAAAGUAAAGAAACCUUGGAUACUACUGACUGCCAUUGGGACAAUAUUAUUUUGUUUAAAUUUUGUAGAUGUGACUAUUUCCAACCAAUCAAAGCUGUUUCAAAAUAAAAUACAAUUAUUACAUCAGUUGCAACCUGAGAUUAAAGUACCCAAUCCAAUUUUUGAAAAGGAUACACAUAUCGAACAUGAAAAGGGAAAUGUUAUCGACUCUGUUAGACAACCAACACAAGUUCUUCAAAAAGAAAUCCAACAUAUUGCUUUCCUUAAAGUGCAUAAAGCUGCAAGUUCAACUGCUCAGAAUAUAUUUCUCAGAUACGGAUGGAAUAAACAACUUACAUUUGUCCUAUCUCCGGCCAAGAAUCCAUUUGGCUAUCCUAAUAUUAUAAGUUUGAGAGAGUCGCUGACAAAUUCGAACAUUUUACCACCACCGCCUAAUAAACAUUAUGACAUUUUGUGCAAUCAUGUAUUCUACACAAAAGAAGCGUUCUCUAAAUUUAUGCCAAGUGAUACUGCGUAUAUAGGAAUAAUCAGGGAACCUUUUGAAUUAUAUAAGUCAAUCUUAAACUAUUUUAGACCAAGAUAUAUUUUCAAGAAAAUCGAAGGUCCAAAUCCUGCAUCUACAUUUUUAAGAGAUCCUAAGAAAUUUGAGCCAAAAGGACGUGUGUCCAGCUCCUGGACUAACAAUCGUAUGGCCGUUGAAUUUGGCUUUCCGGAGUCGGUUUUCACAGUAUAUAAUGAAACUAUAGUGAACAACUACUUGGCGAAGCUGGAUACAGAAUUUACGCUUGUGAUGAUUGCUGAGUACAUGGAAGAUUCUGUAGUUUUAAUGAGAAGACUAUUAGGGUGGCAAACAAAAGAUAUUCUAUUUUUAAACUUAAAUAUUGCGCAUAAAAAGAACGAAUCUAUGCUUUCACAAACCUUUGAUCGCGAUUUCUAUCGCAGGUAUGCAAAAGUAGAUUAUGCGUUGUACAAUUUCUUCUAUAUUCGUUUACGGAAACAGAUUCGGGAGCAAGGUGUAGAUUUUGAUGAAGAGCUACUGGCGUUUAAGGAUCUAAGGAAGAGAACACAAGAAUAUUGUUCUCAGACUAAAGUUGUCCGCCCUUUGUUUGUGGCGGAAAGUAGGUGGGGUAAAAGUUUUACUAUCGGUAAAUCUGACUGUAAUGAUAUGCGGAGAGGCGAGAUAAAUUUUGUGACUAUGAUACGAAUGAGACAGUAUGGAAGUAAAGACAUCUAAGUGUUACAAACAAACUUUUCAUGCUUUAUAGAUCAUUGGUUAUAAUAUUUUUAUACUUUUGCUGAUGUGCUCUUCAAUUAUGAUAUCGUUUUAUGUCAUUUUCAUCUAUUAAAAGAUGAAUUAUUUGUAAAAUUUCAUAAAAUAUUAAACAAAAUAAAAACA